GGGGGAGGAACCAGCGCAGUUCUGACCGAGAGGGCCGUCGCAGAGAUCGCCGUCCUCCGUAGGGGAGGCGGAACCCUGGGGACGGCCCCGGUCGUCAGCCGGCGCCCGUUCGCAGCGGCCUUCCGCCGUUCCGCCGUUACCCCGGCAACGGCGCAGCGCGGAGCCCGGGCCCGGCCGCAGGAUGAUGCUCUCGCGGGCCAGGCCGGCCGUGGGCGAUACCCCGCCGCCGGGAGACAGGCGGAGGAAGAAAGGGAAGGAGGUGCCACAGUUGGAAGAACUCUUGGCCCAGAGGGACUUCACCGGCGCGAUCGCCUUGCUGGAGUUUAAACAGCACGUGGGUGAGGAACAGGAGGAUGGCAACCUUUGGAUUGGGUACUGUGCGUUUCAUUUGGGUGACUACAAGAGAGCUCUGGAGGAAUAUGAAGCUUUAACCAAGCAACCAACUUGCAAUCCAGAUGUUUGGGUGAACCUUGCCUGUACAUAUUUCCUUCUGGGUAUGUACACGCAAGCAGAACAAGCAGCUUUGAAAGCACCUAAGAGUGGUCUCCAGAACCGUUUACUCUUUCACCUGGCACAUAAGUUCAGUGAUGAAAAGAAGUUGAUGAGCUCUCACCAGAACCUGCAAGAUGUUACAGAAGAUCAGCUUAGCCUGGCAUCUAUCCACUACAUGCGGUCCCACUACCAAGAAGCUAUUGAUAUCUACAAGCGCAUUCUGCUGGAUAAUCGGGAGUACCUGGCUCUGAAUGUAUAUGUGGCCCUGUGCUAUUACAAACUGGAUUACUAUGAUGUAUCACAGGAAGUGCUAGCCGUUUAUCUUCAGCAAGUUCCUGACAGCACCAUUGCUCUUAACCUUAAGGCUUGUAACCAUUUCCGACUUUACAAUGGAAAGGCUGCAGAGGCAGAGCUCAAGAACUUGACAGACAGUGCCUCAUCAUCUUUUGAGUUUGGCAAGGAGCUCAUUAAGCACAAUCUGGUGGUUUUCCGAGGAGGAGAAGGGGCUUUGCAAGUCCUACCUCCUCUGGUUGAUGUUGUUCCUGAGGCAAGACUGAACCUUGUGAUUUACUAUCUUCAACAAGAUGAUGUGCAGGAGGCUUAUAACCUGAUUAAGGACCUGGAACCUACAGCUCCACAGGAGUACAUCCUCAAAGGGGUGGUAAAUGCAGCACUUGGACAAGAAAUGGGCUCAAGAGAUCAUCUGAAAAUUGCUCAACAGUUCUUCCAGUUGGUGGGGGAAUCAGCCAGUGAAUGUGAUACCAUUCCAGGGAGACAGUGCAUGUCCUCCUGCUUCUUUCUUCUUAGACAAUUUCCUAAUGUCCUAAUUUACCUCAACUCAAUCAAGAGUUACUUCUACAACAGUGACACCUUUAACUUCAACUAUGCCCAAGCCAAAGCUGCAAUGGGCAAUUUUAGUGAAGCUGAAGAGGUGUUCCUUUUGAUCCAGAGUGAGAAGAUAAAAAGUGAUUUUGUUUACCUUAGCUGGCUGGCUCGCUGCUAUAUUAUGAAUAAGAAACCACAGCUAGCCUGGAAGCUCUAUCUGAAGAUGGAAACCUCAGGGGACUCCUUUAAACUGUUGCAGCUCAUUGCAAAUGAUUGUUACAAAAUACGUCAGUUUUAUUAUUCAGCCAAAGCCUUUGAUGUUCUGGAGAGACUGGACAAAAAUCCUGAGUAUUGGGAAGGCAAGAGAGGUGCUUGUGUGGGUGUAUUUCAAAUGAUUUUAGCUGGCCGAGAAGCAAAAGAGACUCUGCGGGAAGUACUGCACCUGCUGAAGAGCACUGGUAAUUCUCAAGUAGAAUACAUUGUUCGCAUCAUGAAAAAGUGGGCCAAGGAGAACAGAGUCCCUGUUUGAGUCAGUGUCACAAAAUGAACCAGAAAAGUAAGGAAUAAACCUGGAAAGAGGAAUUUCCUAGGGAUUCACUGCUUGGCACAGAAAACGUCUCAGGGGCUGAUAUCCCCAAAUUUAUAUCAUUUAAGACAGAAUCCACACAUCUGGAAUCAUUACUAAUGUAGGUGUUUACUGCUUAUUUGUCAAACCCCUGAGUUCACCCUUAACAUUAGGAAAGCUUAAAAGUUGCAUGCUUACUCCAGCAAGAAAUCUUGAUACCAGAAGCAGAAACAAUUAUUUAAAAUUAAGUAAAAAAUAAGAUGUAACUAGAAAUGUGUUCUUGUUGGUCACAAUUGAUUUUGCUACUCUUAUCCAAAGGAAGACAUGACCUAUGUUCUGCUUAGUAAAUGCACCUACUUAAGAGUCGAUAUUCAAAGUCUUAAUAUUUCGUCUUCUCUCCAGGCUCAAAAGAUGUUCCCACAGCAACUUCUCCAAGCAGCUUGCUCUUCCUUGGCAAGUAUGCAAUUCUUCUUUCCUUUUUCUCUCUCUGCUUUUUCUUCCUAACUUGCAACUCCAUCUAAACUGAGCUCUUGAGGCUUUAAAUUUUCUCUGAGGUUCCUCUAAGUCAACAGUCUUAUCCUAUGUAUCAGCUUAAAGAAAGUUACAGUGUUCUGAAGGGCAUAAAAAUCAGUCAUUCAGAACUUCUAUAAGCUUGAAAUGUCUCAUUGAGAAAAUUCUUCUGAACAGCACGGAUGAUAGAUCCUAACACCCCCUCCUUUGGUUAAGGAAUUCACACUAUCAUGACACAUCCUUUCCUGUAAAUCCCUUUACUUCUUUCACAUGAAGCCCUGAUUUCUAGCUUAUGUGAGAUAAAAGCCAACAUUUUCUUUUCAUCAGCUACCUCCAAGAUACCAGUCCUGCCAUUUAGGUUGUUCUGGCACAAAACAUGGUGUUGGAAGACUACUCUUCAUCUCAGCAAGUGAGCAAAAGAUGCACCUAAAUCCACUUAUAGGGGUAAAACGUGCUUCCAGUUACAGAAGCAGUAAUUACUUUUUGCAUAAAAAUUGUUGCUGUGUUUAAAACAUCCUAUUGCCAUUGAAACCUUGCACUUGUCAGAUUUGUUCAAAGCAUUUCUUAAAGCUCUGGAGAAGAAUUGAAUGUCUCUUGGGCUCAAAUUUUCCAGUAAGUGAGGCUUAAGCAAUUCACAGGGAGCAAGUACAAACAUAUGGGAUAAAGUUCAUUAUCAUAGUUCCUCUGCCUUGAAAUUGUGACAAAUGGGUUUUACUGCCCUGUCAAAGGAAAUCCUAAUUACCUGAAGGUAAUGCACACAGCCUUCCUAGAGUGAAUCUGGAAUUUGUCUACCUGCUUACAGUCCUUCCAAACAGUUUACUUCACUGAAAAGUGUACUUUGAACUACUUAAAGCUGUGGCAGAGCUGCUGAUAACAGCUCUUAAAUACAUGUGCCUGAGGAAAGAAAGCUAGAGGUAUAUUCUUCAGGAAACAUUAUUUUUACUUAGAAGAAUAGAAAUAGUAAAAAUAUGAGGGGGCGGGGUCCUGAAGAUAAAUCGGUUUUCUAAAUGGUAUGAAAGGCAUUGGUGUUUCAUUUUGGAAAGAAAAUGGGUGGUUUAUUUAUUGAUUCUGUAUCUGGCAGGGAGCAACUUAAUAAAGCUAUAAGAAGAAAGAGAAGGUAAAAAAAACCCAAUUCAAAUUCAGAAAUCCUCAUUAAACAGAAAACCAGCAAUGCUAGCCAUGUUGUUGCUGCAGUGGAUUCUUGUGAUGCAGUAACAGUUCUAGUAAAAGCUUCAUAAACACCAGCCUACCUGCAGCUGUGUCAUCUCCUGACAGAGAAAUGGAAAUUGCAGCUGCUGUGGCAGCAGUUCCAGUGAAAUGACCACAAGGAUCAACAAGAUGCAUGGUUGGACCAUAAGAAACCAAGGACAUAGUGAGGAAGCAACUGAUGGUAAAUGAGGAUAUUCUCACAAAAAAAACAAAACAAAGCAAAACAAAAAUACACACACGCAAAACUCACAACAAAACAAAACCCAAGCAAACCUAAACCUGAUAGAAGCGUCUUGGAGCCUUUUGAGCAGUGGAGAUGUGACUGCCACUACAGCUGCUACCUCUAAUAUAGAUCCCAGUGCUCACCUUAAGGAAAGGAGAGAACAAAUUGCCAUUCCGUGCCACUUAAUCUUAUUAUGUAAUACUAUUACACAAUAUAUAUAAUAGUAUAUAUUAUUAAGCAGAACAUGUUUUCUCCUGCAUUCCCAUUCCCUGCAUGUCCAAGGACAAGAGGCUCAUAGCUCAUGGAAGUAAAGUAAUAGCCUUUGAAAAGGAAAACAAGCUCCCUGGAGACAGAUAUAACUGAUGAGAAGGACAGCUCUGCUUUCUGGUGGGACCCUGGGCCUGCUGCUGUGGGGUGUCCAGCCUAGACAAAGCCACACAGGCUUCCAUGAGGUCCAGGAGAGCAGUGACCACUGGUCUGUCAUGAGACAGGUACAGCUCUGACUCUACCCCAACCAACAUGAACAGCCCAAAAGCAUGAGAGUGCUACUAACGGAGAAGCCAGUCCAAAGCAGAGCAGGAGGAUCCCACCUGCACCAAAGUAGAGGCCUCUGCAGUUUGCUGGUCUGUCUCUGUUGUUUUCUGUAUUUGAAACUAAGUCAGGCAAACAAACUGCCGCUCACUGAUGUGGUUGUAGCAUCUGUAAUUCCAAGCAUCCAUUUUGUCUGGUCUACUCAAACUGGCUUUCACUAGUGAAAUAAAAAGCUGUUUCAAUAUCACCUCAAAAUUACUCUCUUUGUGCAGUUGUUA